GUCUUCUUGUCUCUCUGCUCCAGGUGUGUGGGGUGUGGCGAGCAGUGCCUCGGUUGUCUCUGCGGCUCCUCAGGGCAGAACAGCUACAUGUGGCACUUGUGACACCCACUCAUCCUUCAGGGGAGGUCUGGGGGCCCCUCAUCCGGCACCGGGCUCUGGCUGCAGAGACCUUCAGUGCCAUCCUGACCCUGGAAGGCACCCCACAACAGGGCAUAGGUGGCAUCACCCUACUCACUCUCAGUGACACAGAGGACUCCUUGCAUUUUUUGCUGCUCUUCCGUGGGCUGCUGGAAUCCAGGAGUGGGGGACCAGCCCAGGUUCCCUUGCGGCUCCAGAUUCUACACCAGGGGCAGCUGUUGCGAGAGCUCCAGGCCAAUGCCUCAGCCCAGGACCCAGGUUUCGCUGAGGUGCUGCCUAACCUGACAGCCCAGGAGAUGGACUGGCUGGUGCUGGGGAAGCUGCAGAUAGCCCUGGAGAGGGCAGGUAGCCCAGGGUUGCGUAUCAGUGGACACAUUGCUGCCAGGCAGAGCUGCGAUGUCCUGCAAAGUGUCCUUUGUGGGGCCGAUGCCCUGAUCCCAGUUCAGACAGGUGCAGCUGGCUCAGCCAGCCUUACACUGCUAGGAAACGGCUCCCUAAUCUACCAGGUGCAAGUGGUAGGUACAGGCAGCGAGGUGGUGGCCAUGACGCUGGAGACCAAGCCUCAGCGGAGGGACCAGCGCACUGUCCUGUGCCACAUGGCUGGACUCCAGUCGGGAGGACACACAGCCAUGGGCGUCUGCCCUGGGCUGGGUGCCCGAGGGGCUCAUAUGCUGCUGCAGAAUGAGCUAUUCCUGAACGUGGCCACCAAGGACUUCCCAGAUGGAGAGCUGCGGGGGCAUGUGGCUGCCCUGCCCUACAGUGGGCACAGCGCCCGCCAUGACACACUGCCCGUGCCCCUGGCAGGAGCCCUGGUGUUGCCCCCUGUGCAGAGUCAGGCAGCAGGGCAUGCCUGGCUCUCCCUGGAUACCCACUGUCACCUGCACUAUGAAGUGCUGCUGGCUGGGCUUGGUGGCUCAGAACAGGGCACUGUCACUGCCCACCUCCUCGGUCCACAUGGGAUGCCAGGGCCCCGGCGGCUGCUGAAGGGAUUCUAUGGCCCAGAGGCUCAGGGCGUGGUGAAGGACCUGGAGCCUGAGCUGCUGCUGCACCUGGCACAGGGCACUGCCUCCCUGCUGAUCUCCACCAAGGGGAGCCCCCAAGGGGAGCUUCGAGGGCAGGUGCACAUCGCCAACCAAUGCGAGGUGGGCGGCCUGCGCCUGGCGGAGGCAGGGGCGGAGGAGGCCCGGAAGCCUGGGGCUCCUGAGGCAGUGGGCGCAGCUGCACUGCCCAUGUUGCCCGCUGUGCCCGGCCCUGAUGCCCCAGUGCCAGUCAAACCAGGCAGCCCCUGGAGAGCCCGAGACCCCAACACUUGCUUCUUCGAGGGACAGCAGCGCCCCCAUGGGGCUCGCUGGGCACCUAACUACGACCCGCUCUGCUCACUCUGCACCUGCCAGAGGCAGACAGUGAUUUGUGACCCUGUGGUGUGCCCGCUGCUCAGCUGCCCGAGUCCAGUGCAGGUGCCGGACCAGUGCUGCCCUGUGUGCCCCGAGAAACAAGAUGUCAGAGACCUGCCAGGGCUGCCAAGGAGCAGGGACCCCGGAGAGGGCUGUUAUUUUGAUGGUGACCGGAGCUGGCGGGCAGCGGGUACCCGGUGGCAUCCUGUCGUUCCCCCUUUUGGCUUAAUUAAGUGUGCCAUCUGCACCUGCAAGGGGGACACGGGAGAGGUGCACUGUGAGAAGGUGCAGUGUCCCCGGCUGGCCUGUGCCCAGCCUGUCCGCGCCAACCCCACUGACUGCUGCAAACAGUGUCCAGUGGGGUCAGGAACCCACCUCCAACUGGGGGACCCCAUGCAGGCCGAUGGGCCCCGGGGCUGCCGGUUUGCAGGGCAGUGGUUUCCGGAGAGCCAGAGCUGGCACCCCUCAGUGCCCCCCUUUGGGGAGAUGAGCUGUAUCACCUGCAGGUGUGGGGCAGGGGUGCCCCACUGUGAGCGAGAUGACUGUUCGCUGCCACUGUCCUGCGGCUCAGGGAAGGAGAGUCGCUGCUGCUCCCACUGCACGUCCCGCCGGUCAGCCCCAGAGACCAGGACAGCGCCAGAGCUGAAGAAAGAAGCCCAGGGCUCCUAGGGAGCAGCGGGAAGGCCCAUGACCAAGAGGACGGGGCCUGGGCUGGGAGAAGGAGUGGCGCCGAGGACCCUGCAUCCUCCUGCGGGAAACCCAGUGCCUUUGGCUCCUCUUUUCCGCCUCUUCUCCCUCCCCCACUACCUCUGGGACCACAACUCCACAAGGGGGAGGGGCUGUCAGGGCAGACCCAGGCCAUGUCCACUCCAACUCCUGCCUGUCACCCUCUGGCCUCUGCCUUGGAAGCCUAACCCCUUUCCUUCUGUACAUAAUGUCACUGGCUUGUUGGGAUUUUUAAUUUAUCCUCACUCAGCACCAAGGGUCCCCCCACCACUUCACUCCUGCUGCCCCUGAGCUGAGCAGAGUCAUUAUUGAAGAUUUUUG